AUGACGAUGACUUGUGCUACCCUUAUUCGAAUACUCAAGUAUAUCAAAGAAUCAUUUGGAAAAGGGCAUGUUUUCUGUGAUAGAGGCAACAUCGGUAUCAUUGGAUAUUUAGAUACUGAGUGGGCAAGAGAUGCAAGUGAUAGACGCUCCACAUCAGGUUAUUGUGCUUUUAUUGGUGGAAAUUUGAUCUCAUGGAAAAGCAAAAAGAAAAAUGUUGUUGCUCGAUCAAGUACAGAAGAUGAGUAUCGAGCCAUGGCUCAUGCCGCAUGUGAACUCUUGUGGUUUAAUCAUUUACUAUAUGAACUUCAUUUUUGUGAAGCCGACCCUAUGGAACUUGUAUGUGAUAACCAUACAGCUUUGCACCUCUCCUCCAAUUCAGUAUUUGACGAGAGGACAAAAUAUAUUGAAGUUGAUUGUCAUUUUCUUAGAGAUAAGAUUACCACUGGGAUCAUCAAAACCUCAUUUGUUAAUUCUAGGGAUCAACUUGCUGACCUCUUUACAAAAUCUCUUCAGAAACAUUAG